AUGACUUAUGAGGGUCCGUGUGAGGCGGACCCCCAGCUAUUCGAGCGCAUUAAUGGCACCUAUGCGGCAAAAGAAUGGGUCGGAUCGAUUACCAGCGGCUACAACACAGCCCACCCCUAUCUCUGCCUCUUCGUAUGCCCACUUGGCAUGUUUAUGAAUUUCGUCCACAUUUUGGUCCUAACCCGACCGAGAAUGCGACGAUCCGCCGUAAAUCGAGUGCUAAUCGGGGUGGCACUGUGUGAUGUGGCCACAAUGACGUCGUACCUCAUCUACAUCCUUCGCUUCGUCUUUAUCAGGCAAUGGAGAGGCGAGAGGGCGUUUAGCUACGAAUGGGCUUUAUUCCUCCGGCUCCAUGCAACCGGAGCUAUCGUACUCCACUCAACAACAUUGUUCCUAUGCGUCACGAUGGCAUUUAUACGAUGGCGAGCCAUGCGUGAUCCGCAAAGCCGUUGGCUUCGGCCCCAGCUGACGGGUUAUUUAUGCUCCUCCGUGUUCAUGGUGAUCGUCGUCAUUUGUAUUCCGACGUACAUCGUACAUGAGGUGAUCGAGUAUCGACCAUCCGCCGAGGAGCACGACGUCGUCUAUUACACCGUCGAUUUCUCGCAAUUUUCGCUGAAAAAUCAUUGCCGAUUUUUGAAGAUGAAUUUAUGGUUGUUGGGGAUAUGUUUAAAGGUAAUCCCGUGCCUAUUGCUCAGCUUUUUCACGAUAUUCCUGAUGAUACUGCUCAAGGAAAACAACAUCAAACGAACCGUUUUGCUGUACUCCUCCACCGGGGCGCAGAAGCGGAAGCAGAACUACGAUCGGACAACGAUGACGCUUAUCGUCAUGUUGGCCGUGUUUUUGCUCACAGAAAUGCCCCAAGGCGUCAUCUCGGUGUUGAUCGGCGUCUACACAAACGACGUCUACAAUGUGGUCUACAUCAAUUUCGGGAACCUGUUGGACUUGUUGUCGUUGCUGAACAGCUACGUCGGCUUCAUCACCUACUGCUUCUUAUGCAGCAAGUAUCGACAGACCUUCUUGAUGAUGCUCGUGUCGGCAAAACGGGAAAGCCGCGAGAUGACGCAGCUGUUCGUCACGGCGGAUGUUGUAGCAGAACGGGAA